GCGGGGCAAAGGACCGUGCCAUGUAUUGUAGGUGGGGUCGACAGUGCUGUGGUGGGGUCGAUCAAGGAUCGGGGUGAGACGCAUUUUUGUACCAGAGGGAACUGGCACAAGUGCUUGGGGAAAAAGUUCAGAAAUCAAAGAUGAUCGCUUACAUUUGUGGCCUGAUUCGAAGCUGGAUUGAUGGCAUUAUCAGCCUAAUAUUUGGCCUUUUCUCGAAGAAACCUGCAAUUACGCUUCAGGACCCCAAUAUAAAGUAUGCCUUGCGUCUAAUCGACAAAGAGAUCGUCAGCCAUGACACCAGGAAGUUCCGAUUUGCCCUCCCCUCUCCGGACCACGUCCUGGGGCUGCCCAUUGGCCAACACAUUUACCUGUCCGCCAAGGUAGAUGGGAACCUGGUGGUCAGGCCCUACACACCUGUGUCCAGUGACGAUGACAAGGGAUUUGUAGACCUGGUGGUCAAGAUUUAUUACAAAAAUGUUAACCCCAAGUUCCCUGAGGGUGGGAAGAUGUCCCAGUACUUGGAAGGCUUGCGUAUUGGCGAUACCAUUGAUUUCCGUGGACCGAGCGGACUGCUCAUCUAUGAGGGCAAUGGAAAGUUUGCCGUCAAACCGGACAAGAAGUCGGAGCCGGUGAUCAAGACCGCCAAGCACGUGGGCAUGAUCGCGGGCGGGACGGGGAUCACUCCCAUGCUGCAGAUCAUUAAGGCGGUGAUGAAGGAUCCCAAGGACCAGACUGUGUGCUAUUUGCUCUUUGCCAACCAGUCUGACAAGGACAUUCUUCUCCAGCCUGAGCUGGAGGAGAUUUUGGCCAAUCACCCAUCCCGCUUCAAGCUGUGGUUUACCGUGGACCGGGCGCCUGCAGAUUGGCCGUACAGCCAAGGAUUCAUCAGCGAGGACAUGGUGCGGGACCGCCUCCCGCCCCCGGGGGACCACGCCCUCGUCCUCAUGUGCGGCCCGCCUCCCAUGAUCCAGUUCGCCUGCAACCCCAACCUGGAUAAAGUGGGCCACGCCCCCGACAGGAGGUUCAUCUUCUAACCCCGCCCCCCUCCUCCCGCGAUAAGCCUCCUCGGCAAGCUUUUGUUGUGUCUGGGUGCAGAAGUUUGUAUAUUCCUUAUUAAAUAGCGCUUGGCUUUGAUUGGCCCCAAUCUGUUACACGGACCAUCUAGGGCCAAUCGGUGAAGUGGAAAAUCCAUUACCGGUCUUUGAUACUGGAGUCAAGGACUUGGUUGCAAUAAUUUUUUUUGUUGUUGAUCUAAUUAGAAAUGUCUAACACAGAGUGGCCUUUGUGUUCAUCUUAAAGCUUAAAGAGUUUUGAAAUCGUAUGAUUUUGAUCCUCGGGACACCGGUAUAAAUGUGGACCGUCUGUCUUUUCGUUGAUUUUGUUAGUCUGUUGUGGAUUGUCUGUGUGAAGCGCGUGAUGUAUUUGAGCAGCAGUGGCGAUGCCGGCGGCUGAUCGGCUGAUCAGCGCGGACCGUGGAUCGGGAUCAGCGUGCGUUCGUGCCGGCCAGCUGUAAAAGGGGCGGAGCACUGCGCAACCUCGCGUAUCCCCAUUGGCCGUCUCUGUACUGCACGGAGGACGUUCUUUCUGGCCCGCUUACUGUAGGCACUGAUUAGAUCUCAGACCACUUGUUGACGUAACUCCUUUAGAACUGAAGAGAACCUGCAGAAGAACCGUGCUGAGACCAUCUCCUGAGGUGGUCUGAGUUUGGGUCCUUUCUGAGGGGCCUGAGUUUGGGGCCUUUCAGAGGGGUCUGAGUUUGGGUCCUUUCUGAGGGGCCUGAGUUUGGGUCCUUUCUGAGGGGGUCUGAGUUUGUUUGGCGUGUUCACAUAUACACAAGUUUGGGAGACUUGUCACUGAGACGCAAAUUAAUUCUGAAAAUGAAAAGUUCACAUUCAAAGAAAGCGGCGGUAAGCUUAACCCUGGUUCUCUCAAAAUAAGUUUGCGUCAAAAUGACAGAAGACCUUUAACUAUAUUUCGUGGAUCAAUGAACUGACCCAAGAUAAACCAGCACACUAAAUCUUUAGGACCAAGUUUGGGAAAUCCAACCAUGAGGAUAACUGACCGCAAUCCCAACUGCUCCACACUCAUCCUAGCCCCAACUAUUUUUUUCUGAACGAUAACUACUCUGAUCCAGAAUCCGUGUAUGGACAGGGCCUAACCACAUUAAGACUGAGAUCCGAGUCACUUAAUUGAAUGAUUAUGCUGGCACGUCCUACACUGAUACACCAGGCUCCAGCUUGAGUCCCGUUUUAAGGAUUCUCAAUAACCAAAUAUAUACCGCUUCAUAUUUCAACAUGCAGUAUCUGACUGUCCACAAUGCAGCUUUACUUUAUGCAUGGAUUCACUAGACUAAGCAGCUUUUGACACACAAGUUAGGCACAAGCAUGAACGUCAGUCAACAUUAAAACAUGAAUUAAUGUCACCCAACCUGUACUGCAACACAGCCAUGCAAAUGGUUAGUUACUGCAUAAACAGUCUUACUUUCUUAGUUGUACAUUUAGUGGUUACUAUGGAGCUACCAUAAUUAUAUGUAUGUGUGUAUAUAUAUAUAUAUAUAUAUACUGUAUAUAUAUAAUUUGGCUGUGGUGAUGCUAGAGGUUUCAGCUUGGUGACCUUCUUUUCUGAUUGGUCAGCUGCUUAUGACCAGGCGCUCAUCUGUACAGGAAAAUUGUGUCGGGGCUGUUCACCACAUUACUGAUUCGAGAGGCUCAUUUUCUCUCUCAUCUAAUUUGCAUCACGCUUUAAUGAAGAUGUUUGGGUUUUUUUUUCUUUACUUUUUUUUUUUUUUAAGACCAGUGUGGGGAGGCUGCAGUUGUUGUAUUGAUGAUUUUUUUUUUUUCCUAUUCUCCGAAUAUAAUUCAUUAAUGUGAGCAAGUGAUAAAACCUGGUCACAAAGCAACCACUGAUCCAAGUCUAAACAGUGAAGAACUGCUAUAGAUGGCAACAUGUGUUAUACUAAAAUGCACACUGAGCAUGCAGGGGGGGAGUGCCAUUAUAAUUUACGUGCUUACGCUAUAUUUAAGUGCACAAUGAGCAUGCAGAGGGGAGCGCCCUUAUCCUUUGUCACAGCUGACAAACGCGGUGCUGCAAAACUAGAAAAGCAUCGUUUCUCGGCGUCAGGUUCAACAUGGUGGCCCGCCAGGCGUUGGUCAGUUGUGCUGAAACGUCAGGCAACCCUGAGGCCCGGAGACGGAGGGAAGAGACGAGAUUUAGCUGCGUGGACAAGCAGCCCGUCGACUCUUAAAAUAAGAAAGUGGUGUAAGUCGCUCCGGAGAGUGAGUGUCUGGCUAAAUGGCGGCAAUGCAACGAAAGUUGGAGAGUUCGAGGGUGAAAAUGAGGACUGAAGGAGGCGCUAAUUAGCGCUAGUCCUGAGUUUGGAUACGAGCGGCUGUCGGAACCGGAGUUCAAAAGAAGCGCGAGGUGCGGCUAACAGGAUAUGUGGGGUUUUAGCGGUGCGUUUUUCUCCAUUACAGUAUCAGGGCUCAAGAGCAAGCAUAAGCAGACACAGAAAAGACUAAAGCAGCCGCAUAUUUUCAUUGGGGAUCUCUCAUUCAAAUACACUGUGCCUUUUAUCCUGAUUUUGGGCUGCUCUCACGUUCUCCCCAUUCCUUAAGUCUUUGGAACAGCUUGGGCAGGGCUCAUCCCCACGGCAACCGAUCCACAUCAGCCGGUUGAACGCCUUUACCUGCGCCCGCGGAGACGCGCCAGCCGCUGUUGCUCGGCGACGAAAUUUCACCGCGUAGGAGGACUGAUUUUUUAGCGAGCGCAGUAAUCGGAGACACGGGAAUGGCCGUGCAGCUGGGAGGAGGCGGGUUCGACCCGCGCAACUUCUCAGCCGGAGACUCGCACGUUCGCCGUUUGCUCCGAUUGGCCGGACGUGCGAUUUGGAGCAAAAGGCAGGCUUGGUCAGCCAAUGCAUGCGCUGCGUGCGUGUUUGUAAUGGCAGAAGUGAAACGCUGGGCUGACUUUAAACAUUAGAUUCUGGCCUUGAUGCUCAAUACAGUAGCGUUCCAUACAUGGUAGUAGUUGCAGUUUUCAGCUGCACCCAGGCAUUUUGUUUAAAAAAGGGUUUUUUUUUUUUUGAGACGGGCAAAAUGUGCUUCUGGAAUGCAAUUUAUGCAAGUCUACAUUCCUGAGGGGGAAAAUCAGUCCCUUACAUCCAGUGGAAAUUCAGAAAGUUCUACCAAAGCAUUAAAUUCCUUUAACUGCAGCUGGACACUGAUGCCAGUCCCUUUUGCUCAUCAGUAAGUGAUGCUAAUUGUACCACUAAUUUGAAUUGACCACAGUACUGAUGUUCCCCAUUCGUAAACGUUUGCAAUGUCUGCAUUUGAUUGAAGUUACAGCUUGUAUUCUCAAAAAAAGUUUGAUUACUGAAAUGUUCAUCCGUCUGUGGUUUGAUAUAACGCAUAAGGAUUCCAAAUAAAUGCAAAUGUAAUAAAAAGUA